CUAUAAAUGAAUGGGCUCCACAGGCAAUAAUGAAUGGUGUGAGAACUGAACUUGGAGGGGGGCGAGGGAAAGUGACAGGGAAUAUGGAAAUUGGGAAAACAUUCAGUAGUUCAUGCUGUGCUAUCUGCCUUCCUCAUUUGUGUUUUCUGAGUCAGCAUUAGCUAAAUUUUCCAGAAAGCUAUCCACAAAGUACAGCCUGGGCGUUCAAGAGACGUCACUCAUUUCCCCCAGUGACCUUGACAAGUCAGAAGCUUGAAAGCAGGGAAAUCCGGAUGUCUCAGUUAUGAAGUGGAGCAGUGUGAGCCUCAACAUAUUUUCAGAACUCGCCAUCCAGACUGGUGAUUGAGCAUCUGCCUCUCAUACUGCCAGUGGCCAUCUGGAGUGAUUCCCUUGCUCUGAAGGGGUUGGCACAAUGGCCAAGUGCUUCAGCCUGGUGUUGCUGCUUGCUUCCAUCUGGACCACAAGGCUCCUGGCCCAAAGCUCUUUCCGUGUAGAAGAACUUUCCACCUUGGGGCCAUGCAGAAUUAUGGGGAUCACCCUUGUCAACAAAAAGGUCAACCCACAGCUGAAUUUCACAGAAGCCAAGGAGGCCUGUAAGGUGCUGGGACUAACUCUGGCCAGCAGAGACCAGGUUGAAGCGGCACUGAAGGCUGGCUUCGAAACUUGCAGCUAUGGAUGGGUUGGAGACGGAUUCUUGGUCAUCCCUCGGAUUCUCCCCAACCUGAAGUGUGGGAAGAAUGGGACAGGCAUCCUAGUUUGGAGAGUUCCAUUUAAUAAACUGUACGCAGCCUAUUGUUACAACUCAUCCGAUACUUGGAUUAACUCAUGCGCUCCAGAAAGUAUCACCACCAACGAGCCCUUAUUCAACAUUCAAAUUGUAACACAAGCAACAGAACUUACCGUCAGUGACAGUACACUCUCAGCAUCAACUCCUGACUCUAUGACACCGGCCCUUAUGACAACUCCUGCUCCAGCUUCUACUUCUAAUCCACGAAGAAAAAAAUUGAUUUGCGUCACAGAUGUUUUUAUGGAAACUAGCACCAUGUCUACAGAAACAGAACCACUUGUUGAAAAUAAAAGAGCUUUCAAGAGUGAAGCUGCUGGGUUUGGAGGUGUUCCCACAGCUCUGCUAGUGCUUGCUCUCCUCUUCUUUGGUGCUGCAGCUGGUCUCGCAUUUUGCUACAUCAAAAGGUAUGUGAAGGCCUUCCCUUUUACAAACAAGAGUCAGCAGAAGGAAAUGAUUGAAACCAAAGUAGUAAAGGAGGAGAAGACUGACGACAGCCACCCUAAUGAGGAAUCAAAGACAACUGAUAAAAACCCAGAAGAGCCCAAGAGUCCACUCAAAACUACAGUGCGGUGCCUGGAAGCUGAAGUUUAGAUGAGAAAGAAAUGAGAAGACACAUCUGAGGCUGGUUUCUUUCAUAAUACGUAUCCUGGCCCCAGUUGGGGAAACUAAAAGGGCCAAAGGCCCGAAGAAGAAAGUCUACCCUUGGUUUCUAAAUGGAAUCUGCUCAGGGCUGCCUUUGGACUAUGGAGUUCACCAAUGAGAACUCCCUUCUUCUUACUGCAAUCCCAUCUGGAUCUAUCCUCCUACCUCCAAAGCUUCCCACAGCCUUUCUGUCUGGCUAUGUCCUAAUAAUGUCCCAGUGGGAGAAAGGAGCUUUGCAAAGCACAAGGACCUAAAACAGAUCAUCAGUACACAAUUGUUCAAAGGCCCCUAGGCUGCUUGAGACUAGGAAAGUUGAGAGCCAAAGAGUCACUGAGACCAAUGUUUUCUCUAGACUCCAUAGCCCAGAUCCUUUUUCUUAACAAUCAUGUACCACCUGGCAUGUCCUUCUGAGCCAGGUAAGAGCAAAAGGAGGAUGGAAAAGUUUAGCAGCUGAAGCCAUGGAGAGUCUCGUGUCUUGAGAUCUAAUCUCUGUAAAGCCAAAAUAAAUAAGGAAAUAGAAUGAGGCUGAAGAUAUUGACAGUCCAUUGUCAGCAGGGACUAUAAACACAGACAAGGUCAAAGUACUCUUCCCUAAAUGAACUGAGUUGGAAUCACUUUUUAGAACAUAUAUACUUUCAUUUUUCUGUCUCUACUGCUGCUGAUAUUUUCUCUAGGUAACAUACUUUUGUUAGAAAAAAAAUGAAUACUCUCAUAAAUUUUUAUAUUUAUCUGAGUUACAGAAAUUACUGAGGAAAAUAACUAUAUCAAAAAUAAUAAAAUUCAACAAGCAUUUUCUGAAUAACUACUAUGUGUCAGGUGCCAUGCAAAGUAUUAACACCCUGAAAUUGAAUAUUAUUCAUAAAAAAUUACACACUGUAGAAUGCUAUCUGAAGCUAAUUUUUUUCAAUUUUUAUAUCCCUAAUUUAUCUACUGCCAAACUAAUUUUUUUUCUUUUGCCGAGACUAAUCUUAUUCAUUUCCUCUAUUAUGUCAACCAUUAUAACCUUAAUUUAUUAUUCACAUACCUAAGAAGUACAUUGUUACCUCUAUACACCAAAGCACAUUUUUUUAAAAAUGUUAUUAACAAAUGAAUCACUAGCACUCCUCUUUUCAGCAAGAAAAGGCUGAGCGGUACAAAAUAUUUGUGCUCCCCAAAAUUAAAACAUUUAGAAAACU